GCAGCCUUUUUUAACACUACAAAGAAAGAUAGCCCGAAAUGGAAUGCGUUAUUCGAAACAACGUGAAAGUGAAAUCUCCACUCUCCAUUUUUCUUUAGUGUCUUCAUCUUCUUCUUGUGCUAUAUAUUCCCAUUUUUGGACCAGACCCUUUGAUGUGUAUUUAUUAUUAUAAGAAUUACUUCUUGAAGGCGGGGGUGGUAGCGUGCUAGCUACUUGUUCCUCAAAAGGAGAGGAAUCAUUCUGUUCACUUUGUUAAGCGGAAAAAUUUUCCAAACAUUUGUUAAUUCAAUUGCUCAGCAUUUUUUUUUUUGAAGAUUGAGAGGUCAAUAUAGCAUUGGAGAUAAGGAAAGAAGCUGGUUAAUAGUAUAAAUGGCAACGCUCGCAGAUAUAACGGUUUCCGGAGCUAUAAAUGUACUGAGUGCAUUCAUUUUCUUAUUGGCGUUUGCAAUUUUGAGGCUGCAACCUCUCAAUGAUAGAGUUUACUUUCCAAAAUGGUAUCUGAAGGGCGUAAGAGGCAGUCCCUUGCGCUCUGGGGCGCUUGUUCGUAGGGUUGUGAAUUUAGACUUCAGGUCAUAUAUCCGGUUUUUAAAUUGGAUGCCGGAAGCGCUUAAAAUGCCGGAGCCCGAGCUUGUUGAUCAUGCAGGAUUGGAUUAUGCUGUUUACUUGCGCAUUUACUUGAUGGGACUUAAGAUUUUUGUACCUAUAGCAUUCGUUGCUUUGGCUAUCCUGGUGCCAGUCAAUUACACCAAUAAUGCUCUAGAGGCAGUCAAGAUGGUGGCCAACGUGACUGCUAGUGACAUUGACAAGCUUUCAAUUUCGAAUAUACCACUUAAAUCACAAAGAUUUUGGACGCAUAUAGUGAUGGCUUAUGCCUUUACUUUCUGGACAUGCUAUGUGUUGCUUAGGGAGUAUGAGAUAGUUGCUUCGAUGAGGUUGCAAUUUCUUUCCUUGGAAAGACGUCGUCUAGAUCAAUUCACAGUCCUUGUUAGGAAUGUACCUCCUGAUCCAGAUGAAACUGUCAGUGAGCUCUUGGAGCACUUUUUUCUAGUGAAUCACCCAGAUCAUUACCUCACUCAUCAGGUGGUGUGCAAUGCCAACAAACUAGCCAGCUUGGUCAAGAAGAAGAAAAAAAGGCAGAACUGGCUUGACUACUACCAACUCAAGUACUCCAGGACUCAAUCGCGGAGGCCUCAGAUGAAGACUGGUUUCCUUGGGCAUUUUGGGGGAAAAGUGGAUGCAAUCGAUCAUCACAUAUCAGAGAUUGAGGAACUGUCACAAGAAAUAGAAGAAGAGAGGACAAGGGUUUUAAAGGAUCCAAAGUCUAUCAUGCCAGCAGCAUUUGUUUCAUUCAAGACUCGAUGGGGUGCAGCUGUGUGUGCACAAACUCAACAAUCAAGAAAUCCAACUUUGUGGUUAACAGAGUGGGCUCCGGAGCCACGAGAUAUAUAUUGGAAAAACUUAGCCAUUCCGUACAUGUCACUGAAAGUUAGGAGGCUGAUAAUUGGAGUUGCAUUCCUUUUACUUACCUUCUUUUUCAUAAUACCUAUUGCAUCUGUACAAGCUCUAGCAAGUAUUGAGGGAAUAGAAAAAAGAGCCCCUUUUCUGAAGUCUGUUAUCGAAAUAAAAUUUAUCAAAUCUGUUAUCCAAGGUUUUCUUCCUGGCAUUGUGUUGAAGCUCUUCCUUAUCUUCCUACCAACAAUAUUGAUGAUCAUGUCUAAAUUUGAAGGCUUCAUAUCUCUAUCAUCUUUGGAAAGGAGAUCAGCAACGAGAAAUUAUAUUUUCCUCAUUAUCAAUGUAUUCCUUGGGAGCAUACUCACUGGAGCUGCAUUUGAACAGCUAAAUUCUUUUAUUAAGCAGUCUGCUAACGAAAUUCCUAAAACAAUUGGUGUAGCUGUUCCAAUGAAAGCAACUUUCUUUAUAACCUAUAUAAUGGUUGAUGGAUGGGCUGGGAUUGCUGGGGAAGUGUUAAUGUUGAAACCACUGAUAUUCUACCACUUGAAAAAUUUCCUUUUGGUGAAGACUGAAAAAGACAGGGAAGAGGCCAUGGAUCCUGGAAGUCUUGGUUUUCACACUGGUGAACCCCGUAUACAGUUAUAUUUUCUGCUAGGGCUUGUAUAUGCAACAGUGACACCAGUUCUCCUUCCAUUCAUAAUUAUUUUCUUUGCCUUCGCCUAUUUAGUGUUCCGUCAUCAGAUCAUAAAUGUUUACAACCAAGAGUAUGAAAGUGGUGCAGCAUUCUGGCCUGAUGUCCAUGGGCGUAUUAUUACUGGGCUGGUAAUCUCACAGCUUGCUCUGAUGGGAUUACUGGGUACAAAAGAAGCUGCACAGUCAACACCAUUCCUCAUUUCUCUCCCUGUCCUCACUAUAUGGUUUCAUAUGUUCUGCAAUGGACGCCACAAAUCUGCAUUUGUCAAAUAUCCAUUACAGGAAGCAAUGAUGAAAGAUACCCUGGAACGAGCAAGGGAUCCAAACUUUAAUCUGAAAUCUUACCUUCAUAGUGCAUAUGUUCAUCCAAUUUUCAAAGGUGACGAUGAUGAUGAUGAUGAUGAUGAUGACUGGUCGCCCCGAAGGAGAAAGAAGGCUUUGAAUAGGAAAUUGAUAUUAGCCCCAGAAAGUGAUCUUUCAGAGAGUGAUCACCAGUGCUCGCCCUCGGAAAUAAGGAAAACUUUGUCUGAGCAAAUUAAGGCACCCCCAGAAAUUGAAUUGUCAAAAACUGAUGAUGAGCAGUUUCUGGGAGCAAGAUGGAAAGCUUCAUAUGAGAAAAUUAAGGCAGCCUCUGAAAUUGAAUCUUUGAAAAAUGAUGAUCAGUGGUGUUCAGGAACAAGAAGGAAAGCUUCAACUAAGAAAAUUAAGGCAGCAUCAGAAAUUGAAUUGUUGAGAAGUGAUGAUCAACGGCGCAUGGGAACAAGAAGGAAAGCUUCAUCCAAGAAAAUUAUGUUAGCUCCAGAUGUUGGAUUUUCGGAGAGUGGUGGUAAGUUGCCUCCAAUGAGAUUUGAAACCUCAUCUAAGAAAAUUAAGUCAGCUUCAGAAAUUGAGUUGUUGAAGAGUGAUGACGAGUGGUCACCGCGAGUGAGGAGAAAAUCUUCAUCUAAAAAAGUGAAGCCAGUUACGGUAUCUGAGUUUUUGCAGAGUAAUGUGGUCCAGAAGGGGCAGCAGAGCGGUUUAAACAAGCGUAGUAGAAGUAGUUCUGUAGGUGUAGAUUUUGAGGGUGAUUCAGAAGAGGAUCUGUUAGAAGCAAUUUGUGUUGUAAAAAUGAGAGAGAGAAAACGAACUAGGAAUUCAAGUAAGGAUAUAAAUGAGAGAAGUCUGAAGGAGGCCAGAGAGAAAAAUAUAGGUUCUGUGAAUUCUUCCUCAUCUUCUUCUUCAUCAUCAGCUUCUUCUAGCUCAUCAGUUUCAAAACGUGAUGGUUAUUGCAAUGGUGUGUCUGCAGUGAGAAAUGUGAAGGUCAAAGGACAAGAUAUCGAAAGAUGUCACCAGUGCAUGAAAAAAGAAAGAAUAGUCGUUGUCCUUUGUAAGAAAUGUAAUAGAGUGUACUGCGUACAGUGCAUCAAACAAUGGUAUCCUGAGAUGACAGAAGGGCAAUUUGCAAAACGAUGCCCAUUUUGUCGUAAAAAAUGCAAUUGCAAUGUGUGUUUGCACUCAAGCGGGUUGAUUAAGACAUCAAAAAGGGAUAUCACCAACAGUGAAAAGGUUCAGCAUCUGCAUUAUAUGAUCAAGUUGUUGCUUCCUUUUCUGGAACAAAUCUGUGAUGAACAAACUGAAGAAAUGCAGAUUGAGGCCGGCAUUCGAGGCUGCCCAUUUGAUAUAGCUGAGAACUUUUGCUACAGUGAUGAGCGUGUAUAUUGCAAUCACUGCGCCACUUCUAUCAUUGACUUUCACCGCAGCUGUCCAAAAUGUUCUUAUGAACUGUGCCUUAGUUGUUGUCGAGAGAUUCGUAAGGGAAGCCUUUCAAGACGUGCUGAAAAGAAGUUUUGGUAUGUUGAUAGAGGCUCUGGUUAUAUGCAUGGUGGAGAUCCACAACCUUGUCAUUCCCAAAAUCCUUAUGAUCACAUUGAGCCUCUAGUUCUAUCAUGGAAUGCCAAUGAAGAUGGUAGCAUUUCUUGCCCGUCAAAUGAAAUGGGUGGUUGUGGUGAUUGUGCAUUGGAGCUAAAGCAUAUCCUUCCGCCAAGACAGGUUGCAGAGUUGAAAAGGAAGGCAGCAGAAUUAUUGGAAAUUUGUGGCACUGAACAGGCAAGUUUGAUGUGCAAGUGCAAUGAAACAGGGAAAGGACUGUUAAGAAGAGCAGCUUUCAGGGAAGGAUCUGAGGACAAUUACUUGUAUUGUCCUGCUUCAAAGGAUAUUCUUGAGGAUGAAAAACUUUUUCACUUCCAAAAGCACUGGGCUAAAGGUGAGCCAGUUAUAGUUUGUGAUGUUCUUGAGGAGACAACUCAUCUGAGCUGGGAGCCGAUGGUCAUGUGGCGUGCACUAUGUGAAAAUGUGGAUUCAGAUAUUAGUUCAAAGAUGUCUGAAGUGAAGGCUAUUGAUUGUUUGGCAUGUUGCGAGGUGGAGAUUAAUACCCGACAGUUUUUUAAAGGCUAUAUGGAAGGGAGAACAUAUCAUAACUUUUGGCCUGAGAUGCUUAAGCUGAAGGACUGGCCUCCAUGUGAUAAAUUUGAAAAACUUUUGCCACGCCAUUGUGAUGAGUUUAUCAGAGCACUGCCAUUUCAAGAAUACAGUGAUCCAAAUGCUGGAAUCCUGAAUGUUGCUGCGAAGUUUCCUGAAGAAAAGCUGAAACCAGACUUGGGUCCAAAAACUUAUAUUGCAUAUGGUACAAGAGAAGAGCUUGGAAGAGGGGACUCGGUGACCAAGCUUCACUGUGAUAUGGCAGAUGCGGUGAAUAUUUUGACACAAACUGCCGAUGUACUAUUAAGUGAAGCACAACGCUCUGCCAUUGAGCAGUUGAAAAUGAAGCACAGGGAACAGGAUGAGAAGGAACAUUUAGAAAAUGACAAGGUAGACAAUCCUCACAUUGAACUUGAUCAGGGAAAUGAUAGUUUGAAAGAAGAGAUUGAUGUCUCAGAAAUUAGAGGGCCACAGCCGCAGCCCUCUGAAAUUAAUGAAGAACUAAAGAACUCUGAAGAUGUGUUCAGAGGAGCUGCACUUUCUGGUUUACCCACAGAAGGGGAGACAGCGGACACAGCAGGUGGUAGCGCUUUGUGGGACAUUUUCAGGAGGGAGGAUGUUCCCAAGUUAGAGGAAUAUCUUAGAAAGCACUUCAAAGAAUUCAGGCACACUUUCUGUGCCCCCGUAGAACAGGUCGAUCAUCCAAUUCAUGACCAAUGUUUCUAUUUAAAUUUGGAGCAUAAAAGGAAAUUGAAGGAGGAAUUCGGAGUUGAAGCCUGGACAUUUGAACAAAGAGUUGGAGAGGCUGUUUUUAUACCCGCUGGAUGCCCACACCAAGUUAGGAAUCUUCAGUCUUGUACUAAGGUUGCUGUAGAUUUCGUCUCUCCUGAAAAUAUAAAGGAAUGCCUCCGGUUAACUGAAGAGUUCCGACAACUUCCGAUGAACCACAGAGCUAGAGAAGAUAAACUUGAGAUAAAGAAAAUGAUAGUUUAUGCAAUUGAUAAAGCCAUUAUAGACUUGCAAGAGCUAAUGGAAUCCCAGAGAUGAGCUUUUCUACCUGUUUCGAACAGGCAGGUUUACGACACAGAUACAGCAGCCAUCUCCAACAGGCAAGCAAAAAACACAGAUACAUUGGCGUCUUGGCAACACUUUUUUUUUUUUACCUUUUCAGAUUUUCAUAGAAAGAUUGCCAAUGCUGGCAUGGCUGCAACUUUAGGUUAUAUCAUAUAUCCUCAAGGCAGCAUUUUGCUCAGAGUUGCCAUUUAACUUGAAGGUUUAAUUAGUGGUGCAUAUUACCUAUCUAUGGUCUUUGAUUAAAUUUAGUUGCAUAGUUGCUCCAAAUCUUACAUUGUGUUUGAAGAAAAAAACACAUGUAUUGCCUUAGGAAAAUAAUUUGAGCAUAUUGCUUGAUA